AUGGCACCGGCCGACCUCGCACAUCGGCCAAAGAGCCAACUGACAGAAAAAUUACAGCGAUCGACAAAGAACCUCGUCGGUCGUUCGACAGCCAUGUGGGAUGAUUCAAGAUAUCGUUAUCAUCAAUCGACAAUGGAGUUAUGGCACAGAUCAGCAGAUACAUUGAAUGAUUCGAAGGAUCGGUGUCAGCGGUCAGCUAAAUCGAUGCUAUAUCGAUCGGUGUCAAAAUGGAAUCAAUCAGCAGAUCAGUUAUACCGCGCCGCCCGUAUUGAAGAUACGGAACAGCAUGUCACAGCAGGCGAUGGAAAAACCCAAGAACCAAUGUUCUCACAGUCACGAUUCUAUUCAAGGGCACUUAACUCGCAACCAAUAAGCCCAUCUCAAACUCCCGAUACCACGUCACCAUCCACAAAAGUCAGAUCAAUCAAAUCAGUCUCUGUCACUGUUUCUUCCUUAUCUCCAGACAAGCAGAUUGAAGGGCUGUAUGAAGCAACUGAACUCGUCAAUUCCACGGUGGGGCACACAAGAGAUUUGCGGGACGACAAAAGGACAGCCUUGGGUGAGAUCGAGCUUGAGUGGAUCGACUCGACCAUCACCGAGGCCGAAAAUGCCGUCAAUGAUUUAGCUUCAUUUGUAAAGCAUUUUAGACAAACAAGGCCCCAAGCUCACAGAAGUUGGAAGCGUCGUGACUAUGGACUUGCCCUGAAAAAGGAAUCCCGCAUGCUUCUUUCUCAUGACAAGCUCGAGACAGUUCUUGGCCACCUUGACUCCCUACCGAGCACUUCAAGCAAGGACGAAUCAUUCUUCUCUCCAUCUGAGGUCUCAAUGGUCACUCCUGCAAUCCCAGAACUCUCAUCUGAGACGAGUGUCAUAUCUGUGUUUGAGCUUCCAGGUCUAAACCCCGUGAAAAAUGAGCGACCUGUACCGAAAAUUAUCGUGACGCAGCAUGAUGGUGAUCAUGACGAUAAUAUCAUCUACUCCCAUAUAGAUGAAAGUCCUCCCCCAAGCUAUGAAGUGAGUGGGAUGAAUAGCCCAGCAGAGCUACCGUGA